AUGCACUCCAGCUCACCACACACGCCGCCCAGCUCCCGCCCCCCGGCACGGCGCCCCCCGCAGCCCACGCACCCCCUUACGACCACACCUGCUGUCCAUCUCCCAUAUAAGUCCACCUCACCGCCCACCACCUCCACCUGCUCACCCACCCACUGCAUUUCUGCCCCACCCUUCAGCCCGCCCACCUACUCUCCCGCCCACCGCGACUCCACGCCCACCCAGAGAUGCGAGGUGGAGGUGAGGAUGGGAGAGGAGGGUGGAAGAGAGGCUAGUGGAGAUCUGGUGACCCCUGGUGGCCGCCGCGCACGAAACCCGCCCACCUUCCCGCCGCUGCCCGCCCCCCGCCCUGACACUCCACCACGCCGCCCCCGCUCGCCCACCCGCCCCACAACCCACCCACUCACCAGCAGCCUGACCCACACCAUAAGCCACCGGGUGCAGGCGUCGCAGGGCGGGUAUCGGGCAGGACGGGCGCGGGACGGGGACAUGAAGUCACACGUGCCCGCCGUGUGUCCCCUCACCGGCCUGCCCCAAGGAUCAGAGGACUUGGAGCAGGAAGGCGACGAAGUGGAAGUGAGUGUGCUGUGCUUCUCUACUCACACCAGCGCCCAUGACUGUAAAUAA